AUGCUCAACAAGAGGAGGAUUGCGAGAGCAGGAAGACAAAUUCCAGAAUUGGAUCUCUUCUACGAGAGAAACAAGAAGCAAUCUCUUUCAACCGAGGCAAACAAGAAGAGGCAGCCUAAGGAAGAAGAAGCUAGAGUGCGUGCAUCCCCUUUACUAUCUUCUAGACGACAUGGGAGGUUCAAUGGGCUUUCUCGGAAAAGGCUUUGCGUUUCUUUAAACAAUCAAUCUAUCAACAACUUCGACGAUUUCCACGUCGCUGUUUUAGACAUUUUCAACAAAUUCAACUCGGCAUUACCAGGCCGACACUUUGAUUUCCCGACCCCUGACAAAAUAAAUGUUUGUUUCACGCGGUGGAAAGAAGCAAAAGACAAAGAAGAGAAAGUGUUCACAGAGUUCAUUGCAAAGAAAGUGAAGCCAGGUAAACUCGAUGACGUCACUAUGAUCACCGGAAUAGCAUCACCUCCGGCGGCUAUGGCAGCUAAGAGAGCAGGAGAGAAUGUUCCUCAGCUAAAGUUCAUCAAACUUAUACCUGAUGUUAUAUUCGUCCCUAUGAUCACCAUUUUGGCCAUUGUCUCUGCCAAACUCUCAAGAAGAAUGUAUUUGAAAUAAUGCUUUUAAUUUGAGCAUUCUUGGGCAAA